CACAGCUUUGCUUACAGCUUUACUUACAGCUUUACUUACAGCUUUGCUUACAGCUUUACUUACAGCUUUGCUUACAGCUUUACUUACAGCUUUUAAUUCGAUGUUGUUGUAUAUAAGACUUUGAAAUUCUGUGAAUAUACCUUAAGUGAAAGCUAUGUUUCCAUUCGUUAUGUUGUACGAUACCACUGGUUGCUAAAUACGCAUCAGAAUCCAGAUUUUUGGGACCGACCACUUCUACAAUAGUUUAUAUAUGAAAACUGACCCUAUAUUUGCUCUUAUUAUCCAUCAAGUGUACAUCGAGAUAUCGAUCGAUGUAGUCACUAAAUUAUCUAUCCAUCGGCAAGCGUGCCUUUGCCAACACCGAACGUUUUAUUUUACGUGCAGUGUACACGGAGUCAAAGACAGUUGAGUUUUGUAACGAGGAACUGGAUCAUAGAUCUGAACUCAUAAAACUCUAAACUGAAGUAAAAUGACUUACAAAUCAACGUACUUAUAUACAAAAUUUAAGUGCUUGAAAUGAAUGUGCUGAGUAAUGAUGUGUUAGAACGACGCAGUGUUUCUGAAAUAUGACGUAAUGUAGAAAGAAAGAUCUAGGCUUGAGGCAAGAGAAGCCGCGUUUAUUAGAAAACAAACCAAACAAAUAAUAACGAAUAGUUGGUAUGCUUACUAUUCGGAAGCCAUUAAAGUUUUCAUGUCACAGACGCGAACUCUGACAGAGACUGUGACAUUGACAUCCAUUACCUGAACAUAUCUUUUGUGAACUUUAACGCAUUUUUCAAAAAAUCUUCGUUACAUGUUUUUGGGAAAGGAAAACAUUGUUUAAAGUCUGUUUUUAUCUAUUUUUUAUCGUACUUUUCUUGUUAUUUUUCAUUUGACACGCUUUUCAUUUUGUACUGAACAACGCCCUAUAAAGUUCUUUAGAAAAAAUACUGUUUCAAAUGUUUUUCCAUUUGAAGAGAACCCAAGGUUUAUGUUUUGGUUGAGUAGAUGUUACUCUUUUUUGGGAGGAUUGACUUUUCUUAAUGCUAUCAAAUUCACCGUAGGCCUACUUGAAACAAAAUUACAUGAAUGGCAAAAAUCAAGGAAAAAUAAAGGGAGCGAAAGUGCAUGGCACAAAAUCAAGGGAAAGUUAAGACCUGGACACAGGUAGCCGCUGAUGAGCUAUUAUCCAGAAGGUUUCUGUGUUAAUUCUUAUUUGGUUUUGAAUCUUUUUCGUGCUCGAAGCAAAAUUUAUCACCAUUGGUCAGUUAUCCAAGCUGACUGAAGCUGCAUAGUUGUAUAAACCAUUAAAAUUGGCUAUUUGAAUAGAGGCUUAUACUGAAAGUUUCUUUCAAGCUGAUGUUUGAAAUGUUAUUAAUUUAGACAAACUAAAAUUAAUUCUAUAUUUUCUAAAGAUUUUUUAAUCGCUUUAGCUCAUUACGAAUUGUCAUAAUGCAAAUAUGUAACGAUCCACUGUAAAAAAUACAUUUUUUAUAAGCCAAUAAGUUGACUCAACUACUUUGUAGGAAGGUAUUGCUGCGAUAAAUCAAAACAUGCCAAAUGAUAGAUUAUUUAUACUCACAAAUCUUGGUCCUUCCAACAUGCACUGUCAUUUUUUCUGCAUUUAGCAAACCUCUUUGAGAUUCAGUAUGGGAAACUCACUAAAAGUUCGUGGGUACAGCAACUGGGAAUGAAUUUAAUUGCAGAAAAUCAUAUUUAGAUAUGUCAAGAUUUGCCUUAAUCAGGGUGUUUAUUAUCAUUUUUCUGCCAAUUUUUACUUUUAAGAUUUUGAUUACCCUAUCAACCUUGUUAAAUUGUUUUUUAUUUACAUAUUAAUGAAUACUUGAAAAUGUUGUGUUUAUGGCAUUUAGGUAUUUUAUAAAGAAUCGUUUACAGUGUGAACUAUCAUUUCAAGCUUUAAGCAAUGAAAAUGGAAGGUUGUACAUUAAUUACGUAAGAUUUUUAUUUGUUGAAUAAUGUUAAAAUUUUCAGGUUUAUAAUAUCAAUGUAUUGUCAUGAAUGAAUAUCUUUUUUUACGUAUGACUAAUUUCUAUCUUUUUUAUAAUAAUUAUACCAGAUAGAUGGCAAGCUGUUAAAAAUGUUUUCAAAAUGUUAAAGACUCAUUGCUAACAAUGAGCCAUUGCGCUAUGCAAGCAUAAUGCAUUUUCAGACAGUCUGAAAUCAGUUCUGGUUAAUCAGUUGAAGUUUACUGCCAUUGUUUGGGUCGUCGCCAGGACAGUUUGUCGCGCUCGCAAUGGCUCAUUGUUAGCAAUGAGUUUUUAAAAAGGUUUUCCAAAAAGACCAGUUGUUUUUCGAAUGCUAAAAUUCUCGUUCGUUGGCCUUUCGAUGUUAGUGCUUCCCUUAUCUUCCCGGUAUAGAUUAUUUUGUUUUUGCAACCAUAGGUAGCUAAAUUUAAUCAGAUAAAGUUAUGAUAUGCCAAUGUAGAAUGGUCUAAGAACUGUCACUGAUACAAUAUUGAAUCUGAAAAUUGAAUAUUGAAAUUUAUUUUGAAUCUUUUGUCUUUAAACAUUUUUAGUAUCAUAAGGGUUGAUGAUCUAAGAAAGGCUUUACGAAAGUUUGUAAAUGUAUUAGGUGCUCUAAACGAAGUAAAAACUCUAAAUAACUUUGCUAAACGUUCCUCUACGCAAAAAUUAACUUUAUUAUAGCACUUCAUAAUGAAUGCUUUAGGUAAAUAAUCACUAAGAUUAUAAAACUAGGGUAGGUAGUGCAAAAGAAAAAAGUUCCCAUUUCUCCAUCACCGAUCAAGCUUGAUAAGUGGCACAAAUUAAGUCAACAGCAAGCUAACGUUUCAUCCCCCUCCUCUCUGGGAGAGAUGGAGUUAGAUUUAGCCGGACCAAUGUAUGCCUAACUUGUUUAUCAUCCCCGUGUACCAUGUUAAAAUGAAACAUACACUAUAAAAGAAAAUUCUGGUUCUAUAUUUUCAGUCAAAGUUGUGACCGCUUGAUUCUUGUUAACCAAAACAACUGUUAGCAUAUAAAGAGAAGAAAUACAUUAAGCACAAACAAUUACAGGCGACGAAGAACAACACAUUUUAAGGAAGAGUGACUCUUGGUUCGGAAAAAAAAUUAAAUGAAUUAAAACCGAGUGAGUUCCUUAAAUAUAUUGAAAAUAUGAUAAGAUUACCUAGUAUGGCUACGCGGGAACCCUGAAUGAGGGUCUGAGUUUAAAAGCUUAGUUGUUUCGAGGGUAUAAAUAAUUAAAGAGCUGUGUUGACGGUAAGGGGCGGGUGCGAUAAAGUGAGGUGCAUUUUGUGAAAUAAAAUGGUAUCCUUUGGUAUUUAAGCAACUGUACUGUUUCUUGUUGUAACUUUCUUUGUCAGAAACCUUGGCUUCACACAAGAAUCGACUUUUUGUCAUCUAUCUGCCAUUAUACCGCUGUCUAUUCCUUCAGGUUUUCAUUCAAUCAAAUUAGGUUAUGCUUUAUAUGGCAGGGUUCGAAUUUUGAUGCCCUUGGGUUUUCUGCACCAAUAGAUGUUGUGCUUAGUGUAACAAUGCUCGAGUAAGCGUUGCAUUCCAUAUUUGAAAAUGCCAUAGAAUCAAGCAUGCAAGCGUGAUUAGCCUUAAGGAUAAAAACUUCACGCUGGUAUAGUUUAUUCCUCUCAUGGUGUAAGACUUAUGGAGUUGGACUGUUGGAGGUUAGCGAGGUUCGUUUCAUAACAAUCCUUAAAAUUCAAUCCAAUCUAGGUAAUACAAGGUUUCUUAACUUGGCGUACAGACAUCCUAUUUCUUUUUUAAUCAAUAAGUAAAUUACUUGAUGGCUUUAGAAUUUUUGCAUGAACAAGGUGCAGAAGUCGAAGGAGGAAGGCCAUUGUUCUCUUCUCAACCCGUAGAAAUCUUUGGGUUUAUUGUGUGGCUGUCUUCGUACUAACAACUCCAAAAUGUUCUGAAUGGUAAGAGAACACCAUCCACAUUAUUGUUUUCAAAAAGGUCGACUAUUCUGAGGGCAAUCUUACCUUAAUUUUCUACCACAACUUCAAUAAAAGUGGGCUAGGUGGGCUGUAGCUCCCCCCCCACGUUUUCGCUAAAGUGUGAUAUCAAGGGUGUGGUAUCAAAGAUAAUGGUGGAAAACUACGUAAGGAGCCCCAAAUUUUCUAAGCCCCCGUCCUCUGCUCUAAACUGUGCGUCUCUGUAAAACAUUCUAAGAGCAACAUUGUUUUCGUAAGGAUUUGACCUAGAGUCUCUAUUUUAACCCUAAGUAACUUUCCUCUGUUUUUGGUCUAGGUUAAGGGUCUGGAGCACAGGCUACCCCCUCGCCUCUUCCCACGAAAUAUUUCGCCCCAAUAUUUUAGGUUACACUUUACCUCUUUGGAGGAGCUCUCGUGUCUCCAAGCCAUUAUCAGUGACGGCAUCACGUGAAGAGUUGCUUAGGCCAGUGGAUUUGCAAUUUCAACGACGUUAGUAAUUAAAUUGAUGGAUUUUGUACUGAGCUGUGUAGUUAAGUACUGAAACAUUAUGAGUGUCGAAAAGGAAAACUCUUCUAUUAAUAGGCGUAAUUUUGGAACAGAUGUAUUGCAAGGAAAAAUGCCAUCUUUGGAUCUAAACGACGGUUUUCUUGAUAAACAUAAACACGAAGAAAACGACAAUGAAAACAGUUUGUCAAACCCAGCUUCGUACUGCGAAGAUGACGAAUCUGUCAAACGAAUUGGCCUGUCAAAGAAGAGAUGGAUUGUUUUGUUUAUAUUUUCUCAAGUAACGAUGGCUAAUGCAGCAAUAUGGAUUACAAUACCAUCAAUAAACAACAUUGUUCGGGCUUAUUACGGGGUCAGUGAUAUCGUCGUAGACUGGUUUUCUAUGUCCUUUCUUCUUAGCUACGCAAUUUUCGCUCUCCCCGCGUCAGCAUUCAUGGAAAGAUUUGGUGUAAAAUCUUGCAUUGUUACAGCUGCAACUUUAAAUGCAGCUGGAUCCUGCUUAAGGUACUCCGGUAUUGACCGAAGCCGGUUCGUUUUUGUUGCUAUUGGUCAAAUGGUUGCUGCGGUCGGAUCUGCAUUUGUUUUGCAAGUGCCCCCAAAACUUGCCGCCGUUUGGUUUGGGGAACACGAAAGGGCCACAGCCACUUCAAUUGGUGUACUGAUGAACCUGUUUGGUGUGGCAGUAGGAUUUAUUCAGCCAACCAGCAUUGUAGAAGAUUCGGUCAAUAUGGAGGUUGUUCAUAAUGGACUUUACAUUUUAUUAUCCUCGCAAGCCUGGUUCUGUAUAGCUACUCUAGUACUAACAUACAUUUUUGUUGAAGAAAAGCCACAGCUACCCCCUUCAAAAUCGGAAGCAUUGAGAGAUCAAACUUCUGGGGUAUAUGAACACCUUUCUGUAAGCACUUCUUUGAAGAUGCUUUUCAGAAGCAAAGAUUUUAAUCUGACAUCUCAGGCAUAUGGAAUUAUAUUUGGCAUGCUGACUUGUAUUUCAACAUUGCUAAACCAAACUGUAAAAUUAAACUACGAAAGUGUGUCAGAUUUCAAGAUUGGCAUGAUGGGCUUCGCCGGGACUUUACUUGGAACUGGUGCAACAUUUCUGGUUGGGCUCCUCCUUGAUCGAUAUGAGUUGUAUAAGAAAGUAGGGAUUGCAUUGACAAUGUCCGCAGUGCUGGCUAUGGCAGCAUUUUCAAUUCUCUUACUCCACUUUCAGAAUUUUAUUGCCCUGUUUGCAACAUUCUGUGUUUCACAGUUUGUGAUGUUACCCUUUCUUAGCAGUGGUUUGGCACAAGUUGCUGAAAUCACUUAUCCAGUGUCUGAAGAGUUAUCAUCCACCAUCCCACUGAUUUUGGGAAACUUUUAUGGAUUUUUAGCUGUUUAUAUUUUUGGUUGGCUAAUUGGAAAUGGCCUUGUCCAGCUUGCUUAUACCAUAAUUACUGGUCUCAUAGCAGUGGCACUGCUGCUUAUCAUACUUGCAAAGGUUCCAAUGAAAAGGACAUCUGCAGAACACUAAAUUUAGAAUAACUUCUUUCUUUACAAGACUUGGAUAUAUUGCCCUGGAUCAAAUCCUCCCACGGCAGCUCUCGAUUUCACUAUCACUAACUUUUCAAAUAGAACUCAAUUUUUAACAUUCUCAAUUUAUCAAAAUGAUUCAAUUAUUAAAAGCUUUAAUUAAAAAUUUUAUUUGAAGAAAAAAUAUUAGUAGUUCUUUGGAAUCAAAGAGCAAUAUAGAAGGUGCUUUGAUUCUGUAGAAAAUCUGAAAGUUUAGAUUCACCUUUGGUCUAUUUUGAUACAUUUUGAUAAAAUACGAAAAUUAAUUCCACCUUUGUUAGGGUUAUUUAUACUAUGUAAUAUUGUAAUAACAGGGAUCUGAAUGGAAAAGGGGCAAUGUCUAAAGGGCCUGCAGGAAAAAAGAGGCAAUAAACAUAUAAAUGUGCAAUAUUGUGUAGAUAUGAAAAUGUUAGGAAGCAUACUUGGGAAAGAAAUAUAAUGAAAUGAAACUGGCUCAGAAUUCAAUUGAAUUUUGCAGGCAUUCAUUGCAGAAAAAUGAAAGAAUUCUGUCCUGUCUUAAAAAAUGCACUGCACAGAAAAUCAUUUAAGCAGAUUGUUAUAACUCUUUUGGAUCAUUGUUUCCAGUUCUUUCUCUUUGGUACAAUUUGCAUGAAGUAACACAACAAUGGCAACAAAACAUUGUUAUAUCAGGGUUAUAAUCAAUAUUACUUUUCUUAUUCUUUCAAUAAUUUUAUUUGAUGUUCCAUUGGGAAAUUUGUUUUGAUAUCAUUUCCUUGAAUAAAUGUUACUUAUUAUAAAUGAAAGAAUUCAUAGAUAUUUAUAAUCUUUAACUCAUUUUAUUUGAUAGAAAAUAAUCAAUACUGUCAUUUUUCUCUAAAUUUUUCUUCCACUGCUUCAGGAUUUUCUAAGAACGCAGUAAAUGUUCUUCACAGGUCUCUUGUAAACAACAUUUCCAGUGUUGUUUGUUGUGAAGCAACACAAAGAGAGACAUUUAUGGGAGUAAGGUGCUGCACUUUCUCCAGCUGUUCAACUGUUGUGUUUGGAAAUGUUCUUGUGACUUGUUCCAUUUCAACUGAUUUGCUGCUGAUCUUCAAUGAAGUCUACUGUUGGUUUCUUUUUUGCUGCUCUUCCAGCUCUGCUGCAUUUAUAUGUCACUUGUGUAUGGUAUAUUUGAAAACAAUUGUGAAAACAUUGACGAUUGUUUCCAUCAAUUUUUUUGGUCUUCUUCCCAGUAUUUGUUCAGGUGAUGAUGUCAUCAAUAUAGAGGCUUUUCUGAAAUUUCUUCAACGUCUGCAGGUUUUAUUUGCUUCCACUCAUCCAAGUACAUUUUCUCUUGUUCCACCGACUGAAAAAAGGUAUUGGAAAAAGGCCAAGAUUCCCAUGCAAAUCAGUAGAUUCAUACUUGAGGCGGGUCUUUAUUCAUGAUCCAAUAUAGACAUAGGGACUUUCGAUCUUCUACUCGUAAACAGACUGGAAGGAGUGCUUUUCUCGCAUCUUGUGCCAGCACCACAGGCUUGGGAUGAUUUUAUUGAAGUGCACUCAAAAUCAAGUUUUUAAGAGAUGGACCUUCCCCAGGCAUUCAUUCAAAGAAGGACUUUUCUUGAUUGCUUUUCCUGUUACAGCAAAGAAAAAUUUCAUUUUUGUGUCUCUGGAGACUUUCCUAUUAAAGGUUUUGGGGAUGUAUAACACUACCCUUUGGCUCGUCCGUCACUUCUAUGAUUUCCGUUCGUCUAUGAUUUGUUGUUAAAGUUGCUCCCGGAUAUUGAACUAACUGUGGUGGAUUCCCUUUUCAGUCUUCUCAGCAGAUUCUUCAAUCCUCUAAGAUUUCCACUCUUGUUGUCCUGUCCAUUAUGUAGAUACAGUUUUUCACAGUAAAGGCCGGUUUCCACUUGAUUCCCUUUGGUCGCGCGACUGAGCGAGUGGACAUUGGAGCAUGUUCAAAUUGAACUUCCGCAUUUUCUGCAAAUGCGCGACCAUUCGCCGAGUAGUUCAACUCAGUUGAACUACUGAGCGACUGGUCGCGUUCGCUGAUUCGCUGAUCUGUUGAUUCGAUUUCGCCAAGUCGCGUGACCAGGGCGAAUAUAGUGGAAACCGGCCUGAAGCCGGUCUCGCAGCUCGUAGGUAGCUCAAGUUAUCUGCCCUGAUCAUCCAUAAUAACGUUAUUGUGGUGUUUGUUGUUCAGUGAUGUGUUUGUACUGUGGAUGAGGAACGGAAGCAAGACUGCUUUAUAUUUGUGAGCAACCAUUUCAGAGUCAUAUCGAAGCAUUAACCUUCUUACUCGUCGUGUGUAUCAUCAUGUAAACUUGUUUGGUAUUUUUCGGUUUGAAAGCUGCUUACAAUAGACAACUAUCAGAGAUGCUUUCACGUAAUUCUUAUGUUGAGCCUCAAUAUCGCAGCUUAAACUCUCGGCCUCCCCUUAUUACGUUUUACCAGUAUUCCUAGAUAUCGAUAGUGGUGAUGAUCUAGCAAAGAUUUUUUCCCAAUGUUCAAAGGUACCUAUUUAAGUUAUACUUCAAAUCGGUAGUAGAUUCUUGUAGAUUUAUAAAUUUUCGACUCAAAUCAAAAAAAUUACUUUCGUCAUCCCCCAUGAAUUGGAGUAUUGCCCUAGUGGGAAUUAUAUUCUUUUUUGUAACAACCAGAUGAGUUUUUCCGAGGCUCGAUUCUCUAGCUUUUUGGAGUUUUUCUUUAUCUACAUGCUAUAAAAUGUUUCAGACUGCCAAACAACAGUUUUGCAAGCCAUUUUUAGUUGCAUGGUUGAUUUGCUACAGAAUCCCUCUUUUUUCCUUUUUUUACAUCUGGGGCUGGAAACGUUCUUACGUUUCUCUAAUUUUUUGGAAAAUUGAGCCUUAGUGUUACGAAAUGAAUGUAUUUUAACCGUGUUGUUACUUGUACUUCAAUCAUACUCGUUACGAUUGAAGCAAAGUCUUUGAUUGAAGCAACGACAUUCUAUUGUUCAAUCAAAUUCCUUCCGCAUUAAUACCAUAUAGAGAAGAGAUAUGAUUGAUAACAGUACCACCAUCAAGUUACGGGUUCCGCAUGCUAUUGUUCUUCGCCUACGAUUAUGCAGCACUAUUGCUCAACGCUCUGCGACCAAUAAAGGAGAAUGAACAAAACAGAAGGAAUAGUUCUAUGCUCUGUGAUGGGUAACAUUGCCAAAUAAAUUAUUUCUGCCGGAAUAAUAAAACCGAGCAAUGUUCCCGUACGAUAAAUUCAGUUCAAGAUCAACAAGAGGAAAACAAACUGGUUAUAAUUCCAAGGUUCUCUCAAUCAGUGGUAUUUGUAAACAAUGAAUCUUCAAUCUAGAUUCCAACAUAACCGAUUACUAAACAAUAUCCAUAUAUUCGCGAAACAAAAUCAACUUUUAUUCAAUACACGCGUUCGUGUUCCAAUCGAUCAACAAAACCAUCUGCAUUCAAGCAAUCCAACAAUUAAAGUCCUAUCAAUCAAAAGUCCCAUCAACGAAAGUCCCCCAACCUCGAAUAAAUCCCUUUAUAUACAUCACGGAAAUAAACUAAACAAUACUCAUUAUUUACAAUGUGUCCUCCGCAGAGUCUUCAUGUUUUCUAACACUCUGUUAGUUCAAUGCCCUAUUAAUAUAAAUCAAAAUAACUAAAGCAUUUUCUAGGCUAGUUAGGUAGCUUUUGUAAAAGACACUGCAUUGAGGUAACGCCCUACGAUCCCGGGGGGUAAUCCAUGGCCUGCACACGAGAAUGCAUCAAAGUUCUGGACCAAAAGGAUCUGGGAAGGGGUACGCUGUUUCUGGAAGUUUUAGGGGUUUGGGCUUUGUUUCUGCUGAGAAAUCUAGUACUUUUUUGUUCAAGGUCAUGUUUGAUAUUAAAUAUUGCAUAUUUCCCGGUAACGUUCGCUCUAUAACAAACUCUGCAUAUGUUCAUUGCCUAUAAAAUUACACAAAACCUUUAAAGGAGACAUUUAGUGAAGAACUUUGAGACAGUCUCAAUUUGAGAACAUGUCAUAGCUUCUUAUUCGAAACUCUAUGAUUUGGAUAUUAUUCCUAUUCCAAAUUUAAUUUCAGAUGAUUUCGUGUGAAAUGGCACCUGAUAACACACACCAAUCCAGUCUGUUAGAAUUCCUCUCAAAGUUGAAGCGAACUUGGAGUAAGAAGUACGAAUGCAGCUUUGCUCAAAAUUUUCGCGUGAAUAGCAAAUCAAACGCAUUUAAGGAGGUAAGAUCAACAGAAGUUAACAACGCUCUUUUCAAAAGACACUCGGCACUAUAUUAGACCUUACAUGAUUGUUAAGGAAUCGUAAAGUAACAAUUCUGAUUGCAAAAAAGCCAUACAGCGUUAGGACAACUAAAACAAACAACAUCGGGUACAAACAUCAACAGAUAUGGUUGGAGCUUACCGACUGACCGCAGUACAACAAACAUGAAAGUUAUAUGGCUCUAUAUGGUUUGAGUGAAGGAAACUCUUUAGCAAAAACCUUGGUUUAUUAGCAUAUAGCCAGUUGGAAAUUUUGUACCCUUCACCAUCCCAAAAAUGUCCGUUAACUGACGCUCCUGCUCCUUUGUUAGGUGUGUCAGAUGUUCAAACAACUAAAAUCUUGCAGCAUUUUACCCAAGUGACAGAAUGUCAUAGCAACUACGGGGAUUCGCAAAAAGGACCAAUUGUGACUGCGGACGAAAAUCAAUAAAUAGAUGCAAGAUGCGCGCUCGGAAGAAAGUAAUAAACUCAAUUCUUAUGAAAUCACUCAGCAAAGCUACUUCACCUGCACCAAGUCGCUUGGCAACGAGACGUGUUGCAAAAAUUAUGGAAGUAAUAUUUAAUGCAUGCAAAAAAGCUACGAAAUAUAAACUACCAGUGCCAUACCAGUGCUGGAUAUGGGGUUGUCAGGUAAGUCUUGCUGACUGCAUGUGCCAUUCAUCUCUUUAUAAAUAUUCUUUAUGUUUAAAGAAUUUUAAGGUAAGUUCCUUUUCUGCUACUUUUUCAGAGACGGUGCCUUGAAAUUUAAUCGGGAGAGGCCCACCAUGGUUGGUUCAGACUUCUAGAAUGGCUAAAAAAGCAUCUCCUUGACAAAAAUUUAGCAAAAUACUAGACCGCUCAGAAAAGACAAAUCGUUGUUUCUCAAAAACACUAUUUAUUGUUUAUUGUGAAAAGCUGGGUUUGGGAGGAGUCAUGCUAAACAUUAGUGACAGACGUCGAGGAGAGAAAGGAAGGGUGACCUUUAGUUCAGAGUGCGCAUCGAUGGAAUAGACAAUUAAAAGAAAUAUAGUUAAAUAAGUUAGUUGAAAGAUCACAUGAAAUCAAUCAGUAAACAGACAGUCUACUUUUCCCUUUGUAUUUCAUACUCUGUUGAACAGGGGUUAUUCUAAGAAAAAUUUACAACACCACAAAUUCAAUUACUGGUAUUUUUUCAUUAAACUUUUUAACUUUACUGUUGAGAAAAAACCAAAAACAACGGUAGUAUAAGAGCCUCUGACCUCAUACCCCGGGUGCCACAAAAUUUGGAGAACGGAGAGGAAAACCAAGCGGAGAAGCGGAAGAGCAUUUA